AUGUUCAAAAAGAAGAAACGUGGGGGUGACAAGGAGAAGAAAGUACGCAAAAAGUGUUUAAACGAACGAGAAACGCUAUCUUACGAACAACAAGUUCUAGACAACAAUAGACAACUGUCACGGCUACGUAGUCGAAAUGAGGAGCUUGAAAUCGAGGUAAAGAAUUUGACGAAAAAGUAUGAGCACUUAAAAGAGGAUCGAUCUGACAUCGUGGCGCAUUUAAAACGGAACUUGGAAGGAAGGAUAGAAGAGGCUCGCGAAUUAAACGAACGUUUAUCGGCCAUGGAAGAAUUGAGAAAGCAGGAGCAAGCCGAGUAUAAAAAGAAAGAAAAUGCGAUGGAACAAGAGUAUCGUACUAUGGAAAGUAAUUUGAGCGCUGAAGUAAAACUUGCAGCUGGAAAGCUGAAUGCGUUGGAGGACUGGAGAUUAGCCCGCUUGGAUUUAAUGCGCAAGUUUGAGAUACAAGAGGAAGAAAUGACGAAACAAGAGGAAUUGCACAAGACGACGCUUUAUGAAACGGAGAAAUCAGUCAUUGUUACUAAGGCUAAAAUGCAGAAGGAGAUGGAGGAACGAUUAAGGCAGCUCGCUCGGGAAUUCAAAGAAGCGACGAACAUUCGUAUAGCGGAUAUGAUGCAUAACGCGGUCAGGAGGAACAUCGCGUUGAAUCACGAGCUGAAUUCGAUGUUGAAGGUUUGCCAGGAUCUGGAAACAAAGAGCGCGGAAUAUAAAGAAACCGAUCGUGCGCUCAGGUUGCAGUGCGAAUUGCUCGAAGGCGAAGCCAAAAUAGCGCAGGAAGAUACAAUAAGGUACAGACACGUGAUGCAUGAGCUCGCCCAGGAGCACGUGGACACGAUCCACGAAUACGGUCGAAUACAACGUGAGAACACGAGGCUCGGCAAUUACGAACAAAUUAUGAGUGAAUACAAGGCGAGAUGCACGGAGUCGGAAGAGAAAGUGAAGGUUCUCGAGCGACAUUUACAAGAGACCAAAAAGGCUCGGGAGGAAGUCCUGAUGGAAGUGAGAAAGAAGUGCGAGGAAUUCGAUAACUUGAACAAGAUCCUGAACGAAGCCAAACAAUGCAUCCUGGAAGCGUUACAGUUGCAAGAGCAUGUCUGCACGAGUGAUACUUGUACUUCAUGUUGCGCUGAUCAGAAACAGAAGAUUAUUUAUUCGCUGCAGAAUAUACUCGAGAAGCAUAAUAUUUCCGAUGUAAUCGCAGAUGAUGAUUCACAGGUGGUGAAAACAGAGCAUGAAUCUUUGGAGUAAGAUUUCUUGUUCUAAUACAUGCAGAAAGAAAGUUGGCUUCUGAUUAAUAUUGGUAUGCAAAAAGGUGACUUAAUUUUGUCAAGAUUUCCGUACGUAUUUCGCGGUACAUUCAUAAACUAAUUAUGUGAAAAAAAAAUACGCGUAUGCGCAGAAGAGAGCGCGUGUAGCGUCGUUUAUUCUUUGAGGGACUCAAACUCACUAGCAAUCUCGUUUCCAUCGCUUACGUUAUCAUACAGAAAUUGCAAAAGCAAUUAAGAGAUGUGCAAGAGGGAGCAACAAAAUUUAGUUCUUUGUCGAAAUACGAUUACUGCUGAUAUACGUGACAAGUGCUGCACGUGUAUUUACGGAGCGAGGUUACGAUGGAUGAGUGUACACUGGUGUACACUAGUUGCAUAGUACGAUUGGGCUUGAAAUCAUCGUGGGAAAUACAUGAAUACCUAUAAAGCGUCGACAUUGUACAAGGCAGUGCGUCAUUUGCAUCACAAGCAGGUCGACACCUGCGGUUGUAUUAUU